AUGGACAUUAAUGAAAUAAUUCAAGCAAGAAAAUCUCUCUCAAAAGCUCUCAAAGAAGAGAAGAUUUCGAUUGUUCUUGAUAUAAUGAAUAAUCUUAAUGAAAGAGCUGUUGUUACAAAAGAAUUGUUAAAGGCAACGGAGAUUGGGGUUUUUAUUGGGAAUCAACGCUCGCACAAAAAUGCAGAGGUUGCGAAACUUGCCAAGGAAAUAAUUAAAAAAUGGAGAACGGCAGUUGGUGUAAAUGAUUCACCUUCUCCACGCCCUAACGGAGUUAAUGGAAAUUCUGCCAAAUAUGAUACCUCCGACAAUAAAUUAGUUAAUAAACUUUCAACACCCAGGGAAAGCGGAAAAAAUGGGAAAAAACAGCCUACUCUUGCAACCAGUAAGCCGCCUCAACGUGAAAACUCACUAAGUUCAACUUCUUCGUCAUCAAUACCAUCAACACCUGAUAACGAACGAAGUUUUGAAACUGAUGGAAUUAAAAUCACUACAAAUGAUACUAUGCGUGACAAAUGUCUGUCUUUAGUAUACAACGCAUUGGCAUCCGGUUCAGACGUUGAUAAAUCUACGAUUCUUGCGCGGGCAACAAAGAUCGAACAAGCAGUAUACGACCAAUUUGAGGGAAAAUCAGAUAAGAAUUAUCGUGAUAAGCUGCGUAGCCUAAUUCUUAAUCUUAAAGACAAAAGCAAUCCGAAUCUGCGAAAACGUGUUAUCAGUGGGGAAUUACCAAUUGACGUAUUUUGCACCAUGUCCAAGGAGGAAAUGAUUUCGGAAGAUCGAAAAGCUCGCAAUAAUGAGAUUAGACAGGCAAACCUCUUUAAGGCAAGAGGAGCUGGACCAACACAAGCUGAAACAGAUAUGUUUCGUUGUGGCAAGUGUAAUAAUCGUAAAUGCACAUAUUAUCAGAUGCAGACUCGCAGUGCCGAUGAACCCAUGACAACUUUCGUCACCUGCACGGUCUGUAACAAUCGAUGGAAGUUUUGUUGA